AUGAAAGGACUGGUCUAUGCAGGUUCUGGUACAUGCGAAGUUCGAGAUUUUCCUAUACCAGAAGUUCAAUCCCCCACAGAAGCAGUUGUCCGGAUGAGCUAUACGAGCAUAUGUGGAACGGACCUGCAUAUUCUCAAAGGUGACGUACCAACGGUAGAACAAGGCCGAAUACUUGGCCAUGAAGGAGUUGGAACAAUUACUUCACUCGGUUCUGCCGUCACUGGUUUCUUCGUUGGCGAUGAUGUUCUUAUUUCUUGCAUCUCUUCCUGUGGCACCUGUGCAGCAUGUAGGAAAGGCAUGAACUCGCAUUGUACUACUGGAGGGUGGGUACUUGGAAACGUUAUCGACGGGACUCAAGCGGAGUACGUCCGGAUUCCACAUGCGACUAAUUCACUUUAUAAACUACCUGGAAAUAUUGACCUAGCAGAGAUGGUGGUAUUUUCCGAUGCCUUUCCGACGGGAAUGGAAUGCGGGACUCUGAAUGCCGAUAUUCAGCCAGGGAGCUCUGUGGCCAUCGUCGGAGCCGGUCCAGUGGGACUUGCUGCCAUGCUCACGGCUAAGUUAUACACACCACACCCGCUCGUCAUUAUUGACAAAGAAGUCAAAAGACUGCAACAUGCCAAAAAGCUUGGUGCUGACAAAGUAAUCAACGUGGCUGAACCUGACGCUAUGGAGCAACUCGACUCUGUUGUUGAUGGAAAAGGAUUCGACUGCGUAAUCGAAGCGGUCGGAACACCUACAACCUUUGACCUCUGCCAAAAGUUAGUGGCCCCAGGGGGCUCGUUGGCCAAUAUUGGAGUACAUGGUCAGAAGGCAACACUUGACCUUGAUAAGCUGUGGGAUCACAAUAUCAGUAUCAAAACUCGAUUGGUCGAUACGGUUACUAUUCCGACCCUACUACGUCUCUUCCAGGCCGGCCAAUUCCAAUCAUCGCUGCUCACCCAUCGUUAUGCAUUCUCCGAUAUUUUGAAGGCCUAUCAAGCAUUCCAAACGACAUCGAAAGACGGUAUUUUGAAGGUCGGCAUUGACUUCUGA